UGGUUAGGAGGACACUUAUGUUAAGAUACUUCAUUGUUGAAUCUUUGGGAGGAAAUUCUCUUUGAGAUAAUUUGCUUACUGUUAGAAAUACUAAUGAAAGCCCUUGCAAUGGAAAGCACAGAAAAAACAUCUCCUUCCAGAAAGCUCUCUCCACCCUCCCUCAGAGUAUGUGUAACAUGCUACAGCCUAUUAGAGGAAGAGUUCACUAUUGCAUUGUGUCUUAUCCUGCUUAAGCUCUUAAACUGGGUGAUUAAAAUCAAACAAUUUGUUUUGUUUUGUUUUUGGCAUCAGGUGGCUUUAUCUUGCUGGAUGGAGAGACUUUUGAGGUGAAAGGGAACUGGGAGAAAGGAUCCAACGUCCCUGCACUUGGCUAUGACUUCUGGUACCAGCCACGGCAUAAUGUCCUGAUGAGCACGGAAUUGGGAAUCCCAAAAGUCUUGGCAAAUGGGUUAGACCCAGCAGACCUAAAGACUGGGAGCUAUGGCCGUCACAUUAACGUGUGGGACUGGACCACUCAUGUCUUCACUCAAUCAAUUGACCUGGGGGAAGACUCCAUCCCUCUGGAAAUCAGAUUCCUCCACAACCCCGAUGCAGCAGAGGGAUAUGUUGGCUGUGCUCUGAGUAGUGCAAUCCAUCGCUUCUACAAGACGGGGAAUGGAAAUUGGGCAGCAGAGAAGGUGGUUCAAGUCCCCAGCAAGAAGGUGAACGGUUGGCUUUUUCCUGAAAUGCCAGGUCUCAUUACCGACAUCCUGAUCUCACUGGAUGACAAGUUCCUGUAUUUCAGCAACUGGUUCCAUGGAGACAUUCGUCAGUAUGAUAUUUCCAACACUCGGAAGCCCAGACUGGUGGGACAGGUGUUCCUGGGAGGCAAGAUUCCAAGAGAUGGGCCAAUCGUUGUGGUGGAAGACCAAGAGCUGAACUGUCAGCCAGAGCCUUUUGUGAUCAAGGGGAAGAGGGUGCAAGGUGGACCGCAGAUGAUCCAGCUGAGCUUGGAUGGCAAGAGACUAUAUGUCUCCACUUCCCUCUACAGUGGAUGGGACAAGCAAUUUUACCCAGACCUUGUCAAGGAAGGCUCUGUCAUGCUGCAGAUUGAUGUGGACACUGUGAAAGGUGGACUGAAGGUGAAUAAAAACUUCCUAGUGGAUUUUGGGUCAGAACCUCAUGGACCCGUCCUUGCUCAUGAGAUCCGCUACCCUGGUGGAGACUGCAGCUCUGAUAUCUGGAUCUAACUGUUGUGUGUGGCUGCCUCGCGCGCUCUCUCUCUCUCUCUCUCUCAUAUAUCUUAACUAUACGUAUGAAAAAGGCAUAGGUGGGUCUGAUCUGCUGGGGCUCUAUCCACUACAGAUGUCUAGAUUUCCAUGGGUGCUGAGCCACAGAAGCCCUGCACCUGCUUGCACACUCCUGGCUGAGGCAGCCAAGUGAGUGUGUUUAGCCAUGAAACAUGAUGUCUCGCUUACUUCUCUACCCUCUGCUAUUCUGGACGGCCUGUCUAUUCACUGAUGGCCGUAAACUUCAAAGUGUAUAACUCCCUGUGUUGUGGCAGUCCUGAUGAGAGGGAUUCUGGCAGCUGCCUUCAUGCCAAUGUCUCCGAAACGAUGCUACAGACCUUAACAUCUGCUAGACUUCCUAAGUUGGCAGAGUUAAUGGAGAGGGCAGAGCUACAAUUUUGAGCACAUACAAUUAGGUUUAGAAUUAAAUUCUUCUUCACCCCAGUCUCUGGGUCUCACAAUAAGGAAUCUGUGAUCUGUGUGCCCAAAGCUGUAGCCAAGACUAAAUACAACAAGUCUCUGAGCCCCCACAAGGGUCCAACAGCUCUUUGAGAUGACUAGAGUUACCCAUUUUAAUCCCAUACAAGAGAUGGGAUUAAACACUUUUUUUCUCUUUUCUGUAAACUUUAAUCAUUCAAGCUUUAGGGCCUGUCUGUGCUCAAACAUUAAAUGGAUUAAGGUAGGGUGCAAAUUUAAAGCCUAAUCACUGAAUAACUGCAUGUAGGGACAUCCUUAUUCCGGAACAGAGAACUUGUUUCUGUUUAGCUUAAUACACUUAAGUCAAUGCCCUAUUGCACAGUACUAUGUAAACAGGAUUUGACUGUAGUCUGCAAACUGGUGUCUGUUUCCUGGAGCUGGAUUGUAUUUCAGUUCUUGUGCAGUAAUGCAGCACUUAAACUGCUUUAACAAACAAAUAAUAAAAUUGUU